AUGUCGACCGAAGACCUGUCAGUGCUCGAAGGAGCCCAUUGUCCUGCCCCGGGGAUGCUUCUGCCCAUCGCAACAUCGAUAGCUUCGCUGAUCGGGUGUUUUUACGUCGUCGGCACUUAUUUGCGCGUCUUGGCACUACGGCAACACCCCGCGGGAAUCAUGUUUGGCAUGAGCCUGUAUGGAGCGAUGUACCAGUUUCUGUAUCUACUGGAUCAAGCCUCAACGUCCGUGCGGUGCGCAGAUAUCGGCAUCAUUGUCGACUUCUUUCUCACGGGGCAAGAGACGUACAUGCUGAUCUUUGCCAUUGACUUGCUCCUCGUGCUGAAGAACCCGUUCUCGGCUUCGAAAGGACAGAUGACAAAGUACCACAUCUUUGGUGGUCUGUGGAGUUUACUGUGCGCUGUGGUCUCGCACUUUGACACGCGGUACGCUCUUUUUGGCUUCUGUUGGCUCCGAUCAAGCUGUGAUGUCCUCACGCGUGCCCAUGACGAAGAAAGUCACGCACACGGCUCGGACAGCCCCAUCGCAUCGGGCGUUUUCUUUGCCAUGUACAUUACAGUCGUGUACUGCACGUCGCUGAUUGCAAUUGUUCGCACAUGGAACACAUUUGUCAAAGGCCUUCCGGACACGUUUCUUACUCGAAAGCGCAUCCAGCGUCAUCUAAAGUACUAUGUGGGUUGCUAUUUCGGAUACUGGACGUUGGUGCUGGCAUGCUUUACUCUGUUCAACGUACUGCCGCAUUCGACUGGAAGUGGAGGAAGUUUACGUUGUCGAAUGUGGCACAUCUUGUCCUGCUUGUUGCUUGCCAAGGGAUUGGUGCAUGCACUGAUAUGGACACGGACAUCGAACAUCUUGAGGAUCAUUCAGCAGCUUCGGACCGAUGGGACAGACGAGUGUCCAGCACGAGACGACGGCUGGGACGACAACAUUAAUUGGGCCCUUCGGUUGGAGAUUCUUACAAAUACUACCAAGGGAAUCUCUCAGAGCGUGGAUCGAGCUGAAGAACAAGCGCGAGCAUCUGUCGAGUCGUCUAGUCAAUUGGCGUCUGCGAUACCUGGUUCAUCGCUUGAAGAGGGAUCGAUUGGCCGCUCGGUCGACUAUUGCGAUCGAAAGGAGAGCUACACACAGAUCGAGGAAUUGAUACUCGAAAACCGCAACGACAAUCGAGCACAUGGACCACGAACUGAAGGUGUGGUAUUCAAGGACUUUGCACCUCACGUCUUUCGUCGUCUUCGAGAGGAAGCAAAGGUCUCGAGCGAAAGCUAUCGCCAUUCAUUACAGCAGACCACGAAAGAGCGCGUAAGUGAGGGCAAGAGUGGCGCUUUCUUCUACUUCACUGAAGACCGCAAGUACGUUGUCAAGACGCUCACGGACGAGGAGCUCAAUUUUCUGCUCAGUAUCCUGCCGCACUAUUACACCUUCAUGAAGAAAUAUCCGGACACGUUCGUCACGCGCUUCUUUGGCUGUCAUGGGCUCACGAUGUAUGGCAAGACGGUCUUUUUCGUGGUCAUGCAGAGCGUCUUCGCCUCGUCCCUUCCAAUCCACGAGCGUUUUGACCUAAAAGGUUCGUGGGUCGGUCGGCUCGAGGGUCGUAAGCCAACGGGUACAAUUGCUGCCUGCAAAUUCUGCAAUGCCGAUUUCACGGUUGGCGGCAGUUAUGACCAGCGCUGCAAUGUGCGCAGAGAAGGCAAUAUGAAUCACCAGUAUGAUCAAGUCGGCAAGGAUCUCAAUUGGAAUCGUCACAUGGCACUGCCAUACGUAACAGCACAAGCAGUUGCAGUGCAGUUGACGACCGAUUCUGAAUUCCUCUGCAGUAUCAACUGCAUCGACUACAGUUUGCUCGUCGGAAUCCAUCACCGCAGCUUCUACGUCUCGCACUACUCCUCUGCUGACAGUGCUGGCUCGUCAAUGCUAGACCGGCACAAUAGUUGCUACAGCGUGAGCAGUCAGUCUCAGACUUUCGACCACAAAGGUCGAAGCAACAGCAGCGACUCUUGCAGCUCAAGUCACGUCCACAACAGCAGUACUAGCGCCGGAAAGCAGAAACGUCGAGGUUACGAUUGCACUUCCAGUCCCAAUGAGACAAAGAAGCCUCUUCAGCAAUUUACAAACGGAGGUAUGAGCGUGGACGAGGUUCAUGGACCAGGUCUGUACUACCUUGGACUCAUCGACAUUCUCCAGCAAUGGAACUUUCGCAAGCGUGUCGAGCGCUUUAUCCGUGUAUACAUACUGCUGCAAGAUCGACUUGGCAUCUCCGUGGCAAAUCCACGACAGUACGCGGACCGGUUCCAGCAACGCGUGAUAAAGGAGCUUAUCUACGAUGCUGCUGCCUUGACCACACGCAACCAUCAAGAGAGUGUUUCAUUCACGCAACUACAGCUCCAGAACCAGCGCAAUGCCUUGCUAGUGGAAUCCAACCGUACGCUGAGCACUCUGAUUGCUUCAUUGGACGGAAGUACAUCGACGUUGACCAGCCGACCUCCGACGCAGAUCGAUUCGUUUGCCAACAUGAUGCUAUCGCCAUGUGCAAACGUCAGCUUGAAAGUCGAGAAUUCUCCCUCGACACCGCCGUAUGCAGCCACAAUGUCAAUGAAGACAAAAGGUGCGACCCGCGGUAUGUCAGCACGACAUCCUUCAUUUUGUUCGUGUAACCGGGGUAGCUGCUGCAGCUCUGGUGGCAUUGGACGACUGUCGGGUGGUCUGAUGAUGGAGAUUCCAGGCAUUGGAGCCAACAUGUCGUUAGUGUACCCGAACGCGUUCGAUGCGCAGCCGCCACAUCGUCGUCGACCGCUAGCCCCACUGACACCUUCCCCACGAGCUUCGUGCGUACGUCAAAGCGAUUCAGACUUCGCCAAGAAGAACUAUCAGCAGCCAAACAGCUUGAGCAGCUCGAAAGAGGUGCCCUACGUUGGACGACGACAAGGCAGCAGUGUGCACAUUGGCAAAAGCGCUGCGACUGUGGUGCUUUUCGAAAAAGAGGCGCUGCAAAAACGACCGAGCGUAUCCGACUACCACAUCAUGUGUCCAUCAGUGUUUCCUGACAAGGACCCUGCCAACGCUGCCAUAGUUUACGUGUAA